AUGGACAAAGUUAGAUUCCAUGUUGCAAAUCACACUUGGAAGGGCUACAUAGAAGGCAAUGCAAGAAAUAAAUUUAAAGAAGAAAAAAUUCUGAGGGAAGCAUCGGAUCUUGCAAUGACAAUAUCGGCCAAAGAUAGAGGAGAUGAAAUGAUGCACAUAGCAUUAUAUGGUCACUCAGAACCAGAGAUACUCAACACAGAUGGUUCUUCUUCCAGGCAACAGGCUGUUGCUGAAACCUUGACUGGAAAUGAGGAAGAUGAGAGAGAGAAUGAGAGAGUUGAGAGAGAUGAUGACAGCAGUGAUGUGCUGUUGGAAAACAGUGACAAUAUUUACUCUGAUGCCGUCAUCAACAGAAAGAUUUUAUCUUUUCUGGAGAAGCAAGACCGCUAUCUUGAAAAACAAGCCUGGCUGUUGUAUCCAACAUAA